AUGGGUUGCUCUAGUGGUGGCAUCGGGUGGGGAAAGUGGAGGUCGAAUGAUUGGCCAAUAAGCCAAAGUCUUGGGGUAACUCCCCCCCCUGCUAAUGCAGUCCACUCGACAAUCAAAUGGCAACCGCCUCCUUCUGGCUUCUACAAGCUCAACUUUGACGGGUCGGUUAUUGGAAACAAGAGUGCUGCCUCGGGUUUUGUCCUUCGUGAUGAGCAUGGCACUCAUAUUGUUGCUGGUUCCAGGAACAUUGGCAUUUCCUAUGUUCCUGUCGCUGAGGGAAAUGCUCUUAGAGAUGGUCUUUAUCAUGCUCUGAUCAAUAAUUGCAAGAAAGUUUUGGUGGAAGGGGACUCCAAACUAGUCAUUGACGUCAUCAAUAAAAAGUGCUCCAUCCCUUGGAGGCUCCGAACCCUUGCUAGAGACAUAGUUUGCUUGGCUAGUAGCUUUGACCACAUUGUCUUCUGCUAUGUCCCCCGUGAAGCCAAUUUUGUGGCGGAUGCGAUCACGCAUCAUGGUCAUACUCUGAAGAACCCUUCCACGUGGAAAGGGAAGCUCCCUCUCUCCGAGCUUACAGCUUCUAAUUUUGAUAACUUUAAUUAUGAUUGUCUUAGGAAUUUCUUGUUGUAA